UGUAAGCAGGGUACUAGGGUGGAAGAAGAAGCAGGGACCCAGCUGCUUUGCACAUCAGAGGGACUGAAAGUGAAGAGCAGAUUGGAUCAGCAGCAAAACCACAGCACAGAGCCUCUGUUCACUUGCUUUCACAAAAUCAUUCAGUCUCUUCGUCCUGUCCUCUCCCACCCGUUCUCAUUUCACCCCCUAAGAUGCUGCUAGGGUAGAUGACACCACCCAGCUCUGAAGAUCCCUAGGAGGAAGCAGAACCUUUUGCUUGAGGAGUUUACCUCUACCCAAUAGAUGCUGGGAAUGAAGAUACUGCCUGCCAUGCUUGGGACUCUAGGGUUAUUCAGGGAACUCUUAAUCCUCCAGCUGGGCCUUUGGAGCAUCCUUGGUGAAGAGUCAUGCCAAGUACAACUUACCGGUAGCAGGCAUUUGAAAUAUCCCACAGCAGGAGAGUUCUUUAGAAUUGAAUGUCCUGUGACAUAUUGUGUUCACAGACCUAAUGUGACGUGGUGCAAGUACAAUGGAAGAAACUUUUUACCUCUUGAAAUUGGACCUCAGCAACACACUAGUUGGGAAGAAAAGAACCAGGUUUCAGUUUUUAUUCUUCAUUUUGAACCAAUAUAUCCCAGGGACGAUGGGUUGUAUAGAUGUUCUACAGAUGUUAAUUCUGAGGUUAUUAAUAGCCACAUAAUAGCCAUCAAUGUGACAGAAAAGACUCAAAAAGGUUCAGAGAACCAUCUAAUUAAUGCCACCAGUGCUUCAGGACCAUCCACCAUGGAAGAGAGGGUGGACAGGACCUGGCUGCUUUACAGUUUGCUUCCUUUGGUGGCAAUCCCUUUGUUGCUUAUCUGUUUCUGCUUGGUCUGUUUCCUGAAAAGGCACCAAGGUCAAGAAAAGAAGUCUUCUGGCUUAGCAGGAACGGAAAUGAACCUGGUUGAUAUUCCAGUGAGUCCAAGGACAAAUUCCCGAACACUGCCAUCAGAAACUGGCAUUUAUGAUAAUGAUCCCUGGUCAAGUGUCCAGGAAAGGUCUGAAUCCACAACUGACUCACAAUUGGAGGGAAACAAACAGGGCAUUGUUUAUGCUUCUCUGAACCAUUCUGUUAUUGUAAAGAACCCAAGACAGGCAAGCAGCAUCCAAGAGGCACCCACAGAAUACGCAUCCAUUUGUAAGAGAAGUUAAACCUGGCACUGAUGCACACAGGCUGUGAGCAUUGCAUGAUGGACUUGUUAAUACCAUCUUCUGGACCUCCAGGGUCAAAUAACAACCUGGGAAUUUUCACAUUAAGAUAGUUUGUGUCUUAAAGGUCCAUGGAAACUUUGGAGGCAUUUUACACAAGAGCUUUUUUCUGGGAAGACUCAUAGCACAAAUAGCAGAAUAAUAGAAUGUUUAAAUUUGACCAUGUCUUACCCAGUGUGUGAAUUUAAUAUUUCCUUUGGAAAUAUCAGAGAGACUACCAGGGAAGAAAGAAGUGUGUUGUUUGGAUUAGCUCACUACACAUUCUAGAAAAAGAAUGGCCCAAUUUGACUAUCUAAUCAUAAAUACAUCAAUGAUCAUAUGUUCCCGUCAAUUUUCUAUGAUAAGACAAUUUCCCAUGUCAAUCUAUAGCUAGUGUUUUAUUUUUUCUAAUGUAAAGGAAAAUUAUCUUGGACUCAAUUCAGAAAACAUUAGAAAGGGUAAUUGGUGCAGCACAGAUACAGAAUAUUCCAAAUAGAUAUGGGGCCAAAGUGCAUUAUCUGCCAAUGAGAUGCAUAUUUUCACCCUGUUAAAUUGAGAAAGUCAGGUAGUAAAGGAUUUAUAAAUGCAUAGUGAGUGUAUCUGUAAUCAAAGUGGUAGUAUUUGGACCAAGUAAUGUACAUGAAUGUGAUGCCAUGCUGCUGAACUAAUAUACACAUUUGAGUUUAUGAACAAGAGUCAAUGGGAAUAGAUAUUAUAAGGCAAAUCUACAGUGAACUUUUAAACCACCCUAUGCUUUACGUGAGAGCAAACUCAAGUGACAGUUCAUAGAAAGAAAGAGUCUGGAAUAUUUAGUUGAUCAGUAGGGGUUGACAUAGCCUCAUUGAUGUCUAUUUCUUGCUUCUUAUAAAAAGAAUCAGGAGAGAUCAUAAAGUAUGACAUAUGGAGAUAAUUCAGGUUUAAAUUCAAACAUUGUAGCUGCUUGAGAGGAUAGUUAAUUUUCGGGUGUUCUGAAUUUCCAGAUUACUUGAGUCUAAUUAUUUAAAACAUAGCUCAUAAUUUUAUUCAUCAGCUUGAGGCUUGAGUUCUGACUUCUGAAACUGAAUGGCACCAUCUUUUAGUAUACAGUGGAUGGCAAGAGCUAGAAGCCACUAGAACAAACACAUGAGUUGCUAGAUGAGUGAAUGUGGUCUACAUAAUUUCAAGUAUUGUGUGUGUGUGUGUGUGUGUGUGUGUGUGUGUGUGUGUGUGUGUGUGUG